GCUGAGGAGGCGGCGCUGUACUGUGGUGUGGACCUCGGGGCGGCGUUGUCCGCGCUGCCAGGUACCUGAAAGGGUGAAGGCGAGAGAGGCAGAUGACGACGCUGAACACAGGCUCUGCAAGACUAUCCAUAAUGAAUGGACCCAGUAUAGCUAGUACAUCACCCAGUGUGAAAUGUAAAGAGGACCAAGAAUUACAUGGACAUGAAGAAAAGGAAAACCCAUUUGCAGAAUAUAUGUGGAUGGAGAAUGAAGAGGAUUUCAAUAGACAGGUGGAGGAAGAGCUGCAGGAGCAAGACUUCUUGGACCGCUGCUUCCAGGAGAUGCUGGAUGAAGAGGACCAGGACUGGUUCAUCCCAGCACGAGACCUGCCUCAGGCUGUGGGACACUUACAGCAGCAGUUAAAUGAACUGUCAGUCAGCGACAGUCAUGAAUCUGAAGACAUUUUGACCAAAAGUAACCUGAAUCCAGAUGCCAAGGAGUUUAUUCCAGGAGUGAAGUACUGAGCUGUUGGAAGCUUCCAGAAGGACUUGUCUUGUCCCUGUACCUAGGGCCAGCAAUGUACAAAAAGGCAGAGCUGAAGGGGGGUAGCAAGAGUGUGCAGCCA